ACUGCCUGCUCACAAUCGAUAACCGGCCGCUGCCUUGCACGUGCGCUUGUUUUUAAAGAAAUAAACAAUUACCAAGAAUCACUUGACAUAAACUAGGCAAGAUGGGCGAGUUUAUAGCUGAGAUGCAGGAGCGCCUGCUGCCGGAGUACGAGCAGAUGAAGAACUACAAUGUAUUCCAAGCAGACCAGGUCAGAGAAAUCGUCAGCCGGCGCGAACGCCUGUUCCUGAAGAUCAACAGAAGCCACCAGACCAUCACCGACUACCUGGAGUUCAUUCUGUAUGAGAAGCACAUGCACCUGACCAUCGAGGACAAGGAGAAGAAGAUGAACGUGAAGCUCACCGGUCUGAAGACCUCCAUAGCCACGCGGAUCAUGCGCCUGUACAGAGAGGCCCUGGACAAGUUCACGCACGACAGACGGCUGUGGAGCAACUGGAUCAAGUUCAGCAAGAAGUCAAAUCCCGUCGAGGUGGCGGGCAUCUACGAGAAGAUGCUGCUGUAUCACGGCGACGUGCCGGACUAUUGGGUGGACGCCGCCAUGUGGCUGUAUGAGUACAAUCGCCUGAACAUCGACCGGGUCAAGGACAUCCUGUUGCGCGGCCUGCAGCGACAUCCCGAUUCCGCGGCCCUCAACAAGUGCUUCUUUGACAUUAUGCUGAAAGAGGCUGCUCUGGGCAACAACGAAAGGAACCUGGCCGAGAACACGCUCUCCGAGCAGGACAUCAAGCUGGAGCGCGUGGAGGCAGUCUACCGCAACAGCAUGGCCAACAUCACCCAACUGGACUACUUCGUGAAGCUCCUCGAGAGCUGUGAGGAUCACCAGGAGCUGACGGGCAAGUUGCAGCGCCUGAUAAUCGAUGACAUGCAGGAGAAGUUCCCGCGAGAGCCAGGCUUGUGGGACCUGCUCGCCCAGCGGGAGCUGCGCGGCUUUCAUCUGGGCGACUUGGAGGACGAGGACCUGGACACCAGCGAUGAAGAGCCGGCCAGCAAGAAAUCCCGCUCUGUAAAUGCCCGCUCGCUUAAGCGACGCAUUCAGCUCUGCGUCACGGUGUACAAAUCGGCGGUGGAGGAGCUGCAAACGCCGGAGAUGUGGAAUAUGUAUCUGGAUGCAAUGCUGGCCCUGAAUACAGAUGGAAAGUCUGAGCGUAUCCUCAAACAGCAGUGUCUGGCGGAUGCUCUGCAAGCGGGCCAUCGCUCCCAAAUGAUGGGGGUGAAACACUACUCCAUUCUGAGGAAAAUGCUUUGCACAGCGCCAGGUGGAAGGGAGGCGGCUGUCACCAUUCUCACAGAGGCCCUGAAGAACGAUUCGUCCGUGGAGAUGCACGAACUCCUGUUGGCCACGCACAUCCAGAGCGACAGUGAGCCACUGAUCUAUGAGAUGUUCAACCAGAUCCAGAAGAACAUGGGCAGUGAGGCGUUGCCGCUGUGGCGCAGUGUCAUUUUGUACUAUAAUACCCGGCAAGACCAAUUGGGCGCACGCAGGCUGGACGAGAUCUACGGCCUGGCCUGUAAGUCCGCGUGGCCGGAGUUUGCCGAGCUACGGUCCGACUACAUUCGCUAUUUGUGGCGGGAGCGAUCCAUCGAGGAGGCACGCAAGGAAUACGCCAAGCUGGCCAUCCAGCCGCCCAUGUCGCUGGCGCUGCACCGCCAAAUGAUCCAGCUAGAGUCCAGUGCGGCAGUUCUCAACCAGGCCAACCUCAAGUACUGGCGUAUGUGCUACGACUUCAUGGCCUGUUACUUUGGCAAGACAGAGCCGCGCGUUUGGGUGGAGUACCUGGCCUUCGAGCGAGAUCAUGGCGAAACGAAGAACAUCGCCCUGCUCACCCAGCGGGCCAUCAGCACCCUGGAGCCCCAAUAUGUUGCCGCCUUUGAGGCGGAGCGAGCACUCGCCUAUGUGGGCGCUUCUAUAUAGUUGAUUGAAAUAUUGCCAGUUUAUAUCUAGGUCAACUUAGGUUAAGAAACCAUUUUUUGAAAAUCUGUUU